AUGAGGAUAGAGAGAGGAGGGCAAAAGCAAGUAAAAACUGAGAGACUUGAGAAUUCGGAAGAAAAGGACAAGACCGUUGGAGAACGGCAGAACGCUACCAGUACGGUUGAAUAUCUUGAAGUCAAGCCAUGCUGCGGUGCUGGUGAGUGUUGGUCUAGCGGCUCUUGCUCUAGCCUAAUCAGGGUUUCAAAAAAUCGGUCGAAUCGAAUUGGGAAUUGGCCGAUUGAUCUCGGAAUCGGGUCGGGACCGAUCCUGCUUUCCGCAGUUUCUACUUUCUUAUCAGAAUAUUCCUCAUCUGAAUCGGAAUCGUUCAAGACCGAUUCACCACUGAUUUCUGUUUUUAAAACCCUGAGCCUACCUCCUUUCCUAGACGCCCUGCAAAUAAUCAAACACAGAACUGAUCGUCGUAGACAGCCGGGCGCUGCACGAGACAGACACAGCGAAAGCGAGGGAGAGUGGGGUUUGGCUAUUCCUGCAAAGGGUCGAAAGAUGGGAGCUGAAGAAGAAAAGCAAAGUGAGGUGGUAGUUGAGGAAUCAAGAUCCAGGCCCCAGCCCAUGACGGAGGCGCAGUUCCUCUCAUGGAAACGCCACAAGGAUGCUGAUGAAUCAGCCAGGAAAGCAGAAUCAGCUAGAAAACGUGCAGAAGAUAGAGCUGCAGGGGUAGUGCAAAUGAAUGGUCGGGAACUUUUCUUGCAUGAACCUUGGGUGUUUGACAACGAUCAUUAUUGAUUUGUGUACCCAAGAAAUGUGUUAGAUCACCAGUGUUUCCUGUUACCAAUUUAAAAGUUGAUUGUUAAGAAGUAUUCUAUACACUAUACAGUGUUUGGUAAAUGUAACUCUGAUGGUAUCAACGAUUCAACUUCUAAAUUUUGAGCUGGUCGUGGCA